GGCAGCCAGGGCGCCCUUCCCCCUCCGGGCUAAGGGCUUCAUCCUGCUCCGUUCUGGCCACAUCCUGCUCCUCGGCUCUCUUUAAACAGUGCUCCCGGGCUCCGGCGGGCCUCACCUGCGGCAGGUGAACCCAGGCAUCCACUGGCGUGGCCGCCCCCCUCUCCUCCCCGCCCGGGGCCGAGGAGCGGCGGCGCGGGUUCCGGCCCCGGGGAGGUCGGCCACCGGGGGAUCCGGAGCCCGCUGGCGCCGCGCCCGGCCCGGGACACCGGCUGCGGGGCCGAGGCCGCGCCUCCUCCCGGAACUGGCCGGCGCGGCACCGCGGGAGGAGCGGCGGGAGCGGGGCCGGGGGCCAUGGAGGUCCUAACGGCCGGCGGGGGCCGGACGCGGCGCCCGCAGCCCGAGGCGAGGCCGGAGGACUCGGGGCGCGGAGCUCCCCCGGCGCAGCGCGCGCGGGGCUCCCGGGACGCCUGGGAGGGCGAAGAGGACCCGGAGCCCGGCGAGCCACGGGGCAGCCGCACGGCGUCCCUGGUGAGCGGGCUGCUGACCGAGCUGUACAGCUGCACCGAGGAGGAGGAGGCGGUCGGCGGGGGCCGGGGGCCCCGGGGCCGCCGGCGGCGCCGGGACAGCCUCGACAGCUCCACCGAGGCCUCCGGCUCCGACGUGUUCCUGGGCGGCCGCGGCGGCGCCGGCGACUCCCGCGUGCUGCAGGAGCUGCAGGAGCGGCCGAGCCCGCGGCACCAGAUGCAGUACCUGCGGCAGAAAGACAUGAAUGAACUGGAGACGAUCCUUCGAGAGCUAAAAUACAGGAUUGGCAUUCAGUCAGCGAAGUUACUUCGGCAGCUGAAGCAGAAAGAUCGGCUUGUGCACAAAGUACAGAGAAACUGUGAUGUUGUGACGGCAUGCCUGCAGGCCGUGUCUCAGAAGAGAAGAGUUGACACAAAGUUGAAGUUCACUCUUGAGCCAUCUUUAGGUCAAAAUGGUUUUCAGCAGUGGUACGAUGCUCUAAAGGCAGUUGCCAGACUAUCGACAGGAAUACCAAAGGAAUGGAGGAGAAAGGUUUGGUUGACCUUGGCAGAUCAUUAUUUGCACAGUAUAGCCAUUGACUGGGACAAAACCAUGCGUUUCACUUUCAAUGAGAGGAGUAAUCCUGAUGAUGACUCGAUGGGAAUUCAGAUAGUUAAGGAUCUUCACCGCACAGGCUGCAGUUCGUACUGUGGCCAGGAGGCCGAGCAGGACAGGGUCGUAUUGAAGCGUGUCCUUCUGGCUUAUGCCCGAUGGAACAAGAAUGUCGGGUAUUGCCAAGGCUUUAACAUCCUGGCUGCACUGAUUCUGGAAGUAGUGGAAGGCAAUGAAGGCGAUGCUCUGAAAAUUAUGAUUUACCUUAUUGACAAGGUACUUCCCGAAAGCUAUUUUGUCAACAAUCUCCGGGCACUGUCCGUGGAUAUGGCCGUCUUCCGUGACCUCUUGAGACUGAAUCUCCCAGAAUUAUCUCAGCACCUGGAUACUCUUCAGAAAACUGCAAACAAGGAGAGUGGAGGUGGAUAUGAGCCCCCACUGACAAAUGUCUUCACGAUGCAGUGGUUUCUGACUCUCUUCGCUACGUGUCUCCCUAACCACACAGUUUUAAAGAUUUGGGAUUCAGUUUUCUUUGAAGGUUCGGAAAUCAUCCUACGGGUGUCGCUGGCUAUCUGGGCAAAGUUGGGAGAGCAGAUAGAAUGUUGUGAGACAGCAGAUGAAUUCUAUAGCACCAUGGGGCGCCUCACCCAGGAGAUGCUAGAGAAUGAUCUUCUGGAAAGCCAUGAACUCAUGCAGACUGUUUAUUCUAUGGCUCCAUUCCCUUUUCCACAGUUGGCAGAGUUGAGGGAAAAAUACACUUACAACAUUACACCAUUCCCUGCCACAGUUAAGCCCACCUCAGUUUCUGGACGACAUGGUAAGGUCAGAGAGAGCGAUGAAGAGAAUGACCCAGAUGAUGAAGAUGCUGUUGCUAAUGCAGUGGGGUGUCUCGGACCUUUCAGCGGGCUCCUGGCACCUGAACUGCAGAAGUACCAGAAGCAAGUUAAAGAAUCAAACGGGGACCAGAGUCUGAGAUCCAAUAACAUUGCAGAGCUGAGUCCAGGAGCGAUCAAUUCCUGCCGAAGUGAAUACCAUGCAGCUUUUAACAGUAUGAUGAUGGAACGCAUGACCACGGAUAUCAAUGCACUGAAGCGGCAAUAUUCUCGGAUUAAAAAGAAGCAGCAGCAGCAGGUUCAUCAGGUGUAUAUCAGGGCAGGCUCUAAAGAAGAAAAAGGUCCCAAGGACCAGGCAGCUGAUGACAAAGGGCCGGCGACCAGCAUCCUCCCAUCUCAGGUAAACAGCUCUCCAGUUAUCAACCACCUUCUUUUAGGCAAGAAGAUGAAAAUGUCAAACAGAGCCGCCAAGAAUGCUGUCAUCCACAUCCCUGGUCACACAGGAGGCAAAAUAUCACCCGUCCCCUACGAAGACCUUAGGACCAAGCUCAAUUCUCCCUGGCGAACCCACAUCCGUGUCCACAAAAAGAACAUGGCCAGGACCAGGAGCCAGCUGGGCUGCGGGGACAUGGUCGGGCUGAUAGAAGAGCAGAUGGAGGGCUCCAAGACCCACACCCCGGGGGCGGCCGAGGCAUCUCCCUCCGAUUGUGCCGGGACAGCUCGAGGGGAAAGCGGCUGCUCCGACGGCAGCACAGGCCGGACCAUCGAAGGGCGGUCUCCGGAGCCGGUGUUUGGGGACGCAGAUGCCGACGUGUCUGAGGUCCAGGUGAAGAUGGAAGCCUUGGCAUUGACCCCAAGGGAUGCUGCUGCUGAACCUGAGCCCAGGGUGCCUCCGCCCAGCCAGCGGCACUUCCCGGAGCCACCCAGUGCCCCGGCAGGGAACAAGGCCCCCGGCAAAGCCCCCCAAGGCGGUGGCCACCCGAAGACCCCCGUCUUUAGCCCCUUCCCCAGCGUCAAGCCCCUGCGGAAGUCCGCCGCCGCCAGGAAUUUGGGGUUAUACGGUCCGACAGAAAGAACCCCAGCCGUGCCGUUUCCUCACAUGAGCAGGAGCUUUAGCAAGUCCAGCAGUGGCAACAGCAGCACCAGGAAGCGGUGACCUUCUCUCCGAAGCUGUCCGCGUUCACCUCUUCACGGCGGCGGGGGCGUUCCAGCCCGAUGGAUGGCUCCAGCCGAGCUCCCGUCGUCCGCUGAGCGUGAAUCCAUAGGUUCAGAGAUGAGCCGCGGUCCUUAAAACAUGGGAAUGGGAAAUUGUGUAAUUGGCGCUAGAAUUGCGGUGUCUUCUGAUUACGGAUACCGUGGGUUCUUGUGGCAAAAUAAAUAUUGUGGUUUUAAAGUGUUUGCCCAACUUUUCCUUGUGAGCUGUUUAGAAAAGACUUUGUAUCUAGACUGUUAACUCUUCUUCCUUCCCUCCGGUUCUGAGGGCCUUCAGGGUCCCAGUGGCAAGCCCCGAAACUUCCAGUUCUCUGGGUGUUAUUAAUACUCAAGCAUGCACACUAGCUGGCUAGAACAGAAACUGCAGAGAGAAAGUUAGUUUCUUAGUUGCAAAAAAAAAAAAAAAACCUUCCCAAUUUCCCUCCUCAUGCCCUAUUUGGGGCAGCGGGGAAAUGUUUGUGUGAGUUUUCCUUCAGUAGUUUCGGCCAGUCUCAAAACUGGUUUUUAUUCUUGUGCUGAAGUUCAGGAGAAAAAUCUAGGCAGCCUUUCCUUCACUUUCUGUUUCUACCUGCAAAAUGAAGAAACCCUCAUCUGUUGAAAUGUAGGUUCAUCACCAACUCGAAGAUCUUAUGCAGGGGUUCCAAAGGGGAUAUGCAGGAAGCAAUUGCCCCAAACAACUUGCUGAUUCCACUAAGCUUUCCCUGAGCUCCAUGUUCUUCUCCUAAGGAGAGUUUAGGUCAUCAGUGGUGGGAUCUCUGAUGGGCUCUACAGAGCUUGUCCUGCACCCCCCACCAUGCAGCUCAUUUACCGACCAGCUCUCCACUGCAGAUGCAGGAAGCCUCUGCUCAGAAGCCAGAACAUAGUACCUGCAACUCUGUUACUUGAAUUUUGUGCUUUUUUGGGGAGGUUGGAGUUCUUUGUUACUUGAACACUGCCUUUUCCUGGAGAAGGCCCCAGUACUUUCUAGCUCUCUCACCCCUUCCUCCUCAGAGAUAGCACCUGUUAUCUCCACUAUGCAGAUGGGAACCCUGAGUCACCCAGAGGUGAAUAACCCUUCAGACACUCCAGGUAAAUACUCUCGGUACUCAGUGUGACUCAGCCACAUUUCCUCCAGUGCAAUAGGCGGGUUUCAUGCUCUUUGUACACAGAUGCAUUGGCUCCCUAGGUUCUAGAAAGCAAGACUUGGAAGCCAUUCACUGCACUCCCUCCUGACUCGAAGAACCUUUCGCCAGAUGGUACAGAGUACUGUCAUGGCAUUUCGUAAAACCAGCUCUGACCUGCUUAUCUGAAAAGGUAGUUUAUUAAAAAAGAAAAAAACAAACACUUCAUGCAGCUGUCAUUUUGGCUGGACAGAAGGCUCACUCCCAACCCCCCUUCCCCACCAUCUUUAGACAGACUCAGCAUUUUUAUCCUCGUCCCUGGAAGACCUCCACCAGGCUGACAGGCAUUUUGAUGAUGCAGACAGUAUUCAUUUGACCUAAUUGGAGGAUUGCUAAUUCUGAAACCAAAACUAUAGUUUAAGAAAGGAUUUUUUUCCUAUGGAGAGGCACUAAUUUUUAGAAUAAAAUAGACAGUGUGAUUGUGUGGGCUUUUUUUGAAAAGAAAACAUGAGAAUGAUAUAUACAAUGAGAAGAGUUAUCCUUUUUGUGGUAUUUUCACCCCUUAAAGAAUUGAAGAUGGAAAAUCUGAGUAAGAAGUUACUGCAAUUUGGAUCUUGAAUUCUGUGCUCUCCAAAGUUAGCAUGUAGCUUCUUAAAAAGCAGCCACACCCACAGCCUGUGUGUUGGGAAGAGUGUAGGUAGAGAGUCGAGAUUACUUUACAUAAGAGACCAUAUUUUCCAAAGUUAAGCCAGUGACAUGGUUUUCUUCCGUCUGCUCAGCCUUUCAGAUAAGAAUGAUUCCACCUUGUACUCUUUUCUCCUCCCCCGUCCCCAGUGAGUCAGAAUCGUCCUGUUCCCCUGGAGGGAUGCCUGAUUUGAGCGGAGAAUUGUUUUUCCUCUCUUGAGUCAGUUUCCAGCUCCCCGAGGGGUCUGAGAUUGGGGAGGUGGGUAAUAAGGUGGUCCGUACUUACAGGCUCGUUCCGUUGCUGUCUGCUACCCAUCUUAGGGUUUGUAGCACAUAUUGUACCAGUUUCCUGCGGUUGGUCUUCCUGAGGAAAGGGUGGAUGUGAUGGCAGGCAGUUGGGGAUAAGAAUUUGUUGAUGAUGAGUAAACUACUGAAAAGGAUGGUAGUCUUCUGAGGUAAGAAUGACCACAUCAGGAUUUCAAAACCCGACAGAUUCCUGCUCAAGCACUGUCCUGUUAAAGUGCAUGCGUUGUACCAUGUAAUCACCAUGUGAAUUGGUCAAUUUGUGAGCUUUGCCUACUUAAGAAAAUAAAGAGUCUGCAGUAGCCUGUAGCACACAGCAUGUACGAAGACCAGUGUGGACUGUUAUCUUCCUUUGUAUUGGACACUGUACGCCAGCAGCAGAAGUACUUACUAAGUAGCGGUUUCUUUAUUUUAGUUACGUCCCGUACCCUGUCAGCGCUAUUCUGGGGGUCGUGUCUCUGCACCUCAGUCCUCUUACAAAAGCCUCCAGCUAAUCUAAACCUAGUUUGUAAUGUCAACAAUGGGGCUGUAACUGUUUGGAAUAUUGUAUUCCUUCUUUCUGUCUCUCUUGUUCUGAAGAACUGUACUGAUCACAAAAAUAUAUGCAUAAAGAUUCGCAUUGUUGUA